AGCCCGGUGAUUUCGCCCACUCCCCUUCUCUCCCCUACCCUUUCUUUUUCUCUCUUCGUCGUGACUUGGCUUUGAACAUCGUAUCUCGACCUAAUUAUUUUCUUUUAAACCCCCCACAAUAUCUUCGGAUUCAAUUCUCCUCUCCAUUUCUCUUCACUUUCUCGCUCUCCAAACACUCCAACCCUAACACACGCUCUUGUGAGUGCUAAUCUUGCUACAAAUUCGCCAUCCAUAGCACUACUUUGGUUCUGCGAUUUUGAGAGGAAAGCAGAAAAAAGAAAGUGAGAGAGAGCUGGAUGGUACGGAAUUCUGGACUUGGGAAAGUAAUUUUGAAUAAGAUAUUGCAGAUCUGCGACUACCAGUAUUGGAUGCUUGAACACUGAUCUGUCAUUCUGUUGUCGAAGAAACGGAAGAUCUGCGGUGAGCAAACAAAAUCGCAGCGUCAUUACCUCAUCUGUCAUCUCAUAACUUGACACCUGUAACUGUACCGGACGCUGUUCAAAGCUUUUGUGAAAGCUUGACAUCUUUAAUCCUAAAUCUCUUUAAGCUGCUAAAAGCAUCGGCUAAACCUAAAGCUAUGUGUGUGGCAAGUAGCCAUAGCAAUGGUGAGCAGAACAGUAUCGGCAAUAGCACAGUCAUGCCCAGAGCUUAGCCGACUGUUGAUGCAAUGAGCUGAGGCUGCUAUUUCAGGCUUUGCUUUUCAAAGCACUCUCUGCAACUGCAAAAAAGCUUAAACGAGAGCCUCCUGACGGUGAUAUAUCAAAGAGUAAAAACAAGGCGGUUUUAUCACCUCACAGCCAAAGUACUCUCUGUAGUCUGUAUUAUCGUCAUCAAUGCAAACGACACAGUAACCCCACCAGCACCUCACCACCACAUCUUUCUCGCUCUAGAUACUUGUACCCACUUCUCUCUUCCUUCUACAAGUACAAAAAGAAGGCAAGGUGGGGGCUCUCGAUGCUUGGAGUUAUUGUUUGAGAAAGGCAUGAAAGUGCCAUGGAGGUGGGGGAGAUUCAGACGCAAGCCUGUAAGUUGUCCAGGGUCGGUAAUGGCAGAAAUGACUCUAUCAAGAUAGGACAGAGAGGCGGUGAACACUACCCAGAUGACGAAGAAGAUGAUAAGCUCGAGAGGACUAAUAGUACCGCCGGUGGAGGCGGCAGUGACCUUGGUACUAAUCGUCUUGGUGGGUGGCACCAUUCGUCACGUAUUAUUAGGGUUUCUCGUGCCUCCGGUGGCAAAGAUCGGCACAGCAAGGUUUGGACUUCGAAAGGGCCGAGAGACCGGAGGGUCCGGUUAUCGGUCUCAACUGCUAUUCAAUUCUAUGAUCUCCAAGAUCGGCUGGGAUACGAUCAACCAAGCAAAGCUGUAGAGUGGCUAAUUAAAGCUGCUGCUGAUUCAAUCAACGAGCUCCCUUCACUGAACAGUUCCUUCUCCGAAACCCCACAGAAGCAAUUAAGCGAUGAUAAGAGAAUUAGCGAGGGUAUGGACCAAGGGUUUGAUUCGCCUGAAUUGGAGUUGGAAGGACCUACUUUCCACCAAGACCCUAACCACCAUCUCUCUUUGUCCAAAUCUGCUAGCAGCAACUCGGAGACCAGCAAAGGCUCGGGCUUGUCUCUCUCGACAUCUGAAAUAAGGGUCAAGCGCGUUAAAGCCCGCCAGCGAGCAAGGGAGAGAACGAAGAAGGAGAAAGAUACCGAUUCACGUCACCAGAAUGUAAACCCCAUCUCCCAAAACUCCUCAUUCACUGAGCUACUUACUGGUGGCAUGAACAGUAUUAGUAACAAUGCCGCCAGUCCUUCCGGCAACUCCAAUGCGAGACAGUGGCCCUCAACUCCAAUGGAUUACUUCAAUACGGGGCUACUUGGACCAUCCUCGUCUCGUGCUGGUCAUCAUCCGUCAGGGUUUCCAGGACAAAUUCAAUUGCGGAACUCCAUCCCACAGGCAUUGCCAAUCCCACCAUUCAGCGUAUCUGGGGAGAACCAUCCGGAGCUGCAGCAUUUUCAGUUCGCCACCACCGAUCAUCUUAUCCCCGUAGCGGCGAGCACCCAGCAGGGACCCGGGGGCAAUUACAAUCUAAACUCUAGUAUCUCUUCCGGUCUUGCUGGUAUUAAUAGGGGGACCCUUCAGUCCAAUUCACCGUCUCUUUUGCCUCACCUCCAGAGGUUUUCAUCACCUAUAGACGGAGCAAAUGUACCUUUCUUCAUUGGGACACCACCCGUGGAGAAUCAUCAUCACCACCACCACAAUUUCCCACCUGACUUGCAGCUCUGCUAUGACGGAAGCAGACACCCGAGCCACAACGGAAAAGGGAAGAACUGAUUCAUUUCAAUCCUCUUUGCCCAUCUUCUUCUGGGAAAAUGGAGCUGGAGAAGUGGCAGCUGGGGUGAGAGUAAAUUGCAAAGCUUCCUUGCGCGGCUGAUAACUUGUUAUUAUGCUUCUAAAACUGUUGGUAUUUUUUCUCCAUUCUGAGGCUAUUCAGGUUCAUAUAAUGGGAUUUGUUUGUCUGAUUAUCUCUGCAUGCAUGCAUGCAU